UUGGUGCUGAAGAUCAUUUUUUAGGAUCGUUCUGUAGGAAUAAAGUGCAAUCAUGUUUAUAUAUACACAGGGACAUUUAAUAUCGUGCUUUUUAUACGUUCUGGUCUGCCAUGUUCUGCAAACUGUAACCGGACAGGUCUCAUACAGUGUGCCAGAGGAGGUAAAGCAGGGAACCACAGUCGGUAAUUUAGCUAAAGAUUUAAGCUUUUCAGUAAAAGACCUGCAGUCUCGUGGCUUCCGCGUAGUGUCCGGUUCUAAAAAGCAGUAUUUUAGUGUUAAUACAGAGACGGGCGCUCUGCAGGUGAGCGAGCGCAUUGAUCGCGAGGAGCUUUGCGCAGGCGCACCCUCUUGCUCUGUUAAUCUGGAGGUCGUGGUGAACAGUCCACUGCAACUCUACCGAGUAAACAUAAACAUAAUCGACAUUAAUGACAACUCCCCUGUGUUUCCCAUGAGUGCUGUAGCUAUUAAUGUUAGUGAAAGCACAGCUCCUGGUGUGCGCUUUCUUUUGGAGAGCGCGCAUGACGCAGACAUUGGAGUAAAUUCAGUUAAGACAUAUAAGCUUGCAACUAAUGAUUACUUCUCUUUAGAUGUACAGACUCAUAGUGAUAAAACUGUCUCUGCUGAAUUGGUCCUUCAAAAAGCAUUAGACAGAGAGAAAACUCCGCGCCUUGAAUUUACGGUCACUGCCAUAGAUGGCGGAUCGCCUGCUAGAACAGGAACCGUAAUGAUUAAGGUUGAUGUUUUGGAUAUUAAUGACAACGCUCCGGUUUUCAGUAAAUCGUUAUAUAAAGUGCCUGUGAUGGAACAUGUACCGAUUGGUACAACUGUUACUAGACUGCAAGCUCGAGAUCUAGACGAAGGGUUGAAUGGAGAGAUAAUUUAUUCCUUUAUUAGUCGAACGCCUCAGAAUAUCUUGGACAAGUUUGAUAUUGACGUGCAAAGUGGAGAUGUCAGAAUUAAAGGGGAUAUUGAUUACGAGGAAAAUAAUGCUUUUGAGAUCAGAGUUCAAGCCAUUGAUAGAGGUCAGGUGACUAUGUCGGGACACACUAAACUUUUGAUAGAGGUCCUAGAUAUUAAUGAUAACCCUCCAGAUGUUACUGUAACGUCACUUCUUAGCCCUGUAGAUGAGAACGCGGGGAAGGGCACGGUGAUUGCGCUGAUGACUGUAUCAGAUCCAGACUCGGGUAAAAACGGGGCAGUGCGUGUACGACUUGCAGGGUCCAGUCCGUUUAAAUUACACUCGUCCUUUCAGAACUACUAUUCAUUGAUUUUAGAUUUUGUACUUGACCGAGAAAACUUAACAGAGUACAACAUAACGGUCAUUGCUGAAGAUGAAGGUUCGCCGCCGAUGUCCAGAAAUAAAAUUAUACAAGUGCAGGUCGCUGAUGUCAAUGACAACGCGCCUCGCUUUCCGAGUAAUGUCGAGUAUGCGUAUCUGCGCGAAAACAGCAAAGUCGGUUCAGUUAUAUGCACACUGACUGCCUCUGAUGCAGAUAUCAUGGACAACGCGCAUAUAACAUACUCUUUACUACAAAGCAAUGUCAACGGUACACCAAUCUCAGCGCUCCUUAAAGUAAACUCAUUGACAGGAGAGAUCGUGAGCAUGCAGUCUUUUAAUUAUGAGGAGAUAAAAACGUUUCAGUUUAAAGUUCAGGCCACAGACUCUGGUGUUCCUCCGCUCAGCAGUAACGUGACUGUCAAUGUUUUUAUUCUGGAUGAGAACGACAAUACUCCCGGGAUUCUCGCGCCCUAUUCCGAGCACGGUUCCGUUAACACCGAGAACAUUCCCUAUUCUGCAGAGGCGGGCUACUUUGUGGCCAAGAUCAGGGCUGUAGAUGCGGACUCCGGUUACAAUGCGCUGUUGUCUUAUCACGUCUCUGAACCCAAAGGAAACAAUCUGUUUCGAAUCGGAACCAGCAGCGGGGAGAUCAGGACUAAGAGGAGAAUGAGUGACAAUGAUUUGAAAACUCACCCGUUGAUAAUUUUGGUUUGUGAUAACGGAGAGCCCUCACUGUCUGCGACUGUGUCUAUUGAUGUCGUAGUUGUUGAAAACACAGGUGACGUCAAGACUCCGUUCAGACAUGUACCACUGAAGGAGGAGAGUUUCUCGGAUUUAAAUCUGUAUUUGCUGAUCGCCAUUGUGUCUGUGUCCGUCAUCUUUUUAUUGAGCCUCAUCAGUUUGAUAGCUGUGAAAUGUCACAGGACAGACAGCAGUUUGGGCAGAUAUAGCACCCCAAUGAUCACCACACACCCUGACGGGAGCUGGUCUUACUCCAAAUCCACUCAACAAUAUGACGUGUGCUUUAACUCGGAUACACUGAAGAGUGACGUAGUGGUUUUCCCUGCGCCAUUUCCGCCUGCAGAUGCAGAAUUGAUCAGUAUUAAUGGAGGAGACACUUUUACAAGAACACAAACACUUCCAAAUAAAGAAAAGGUAAGAAAUUAAAUUGAUUUCAUUUUAUAUGUAAUAUUUGUUGUUUGUUCCUAUGGGAUAGUUUUGGUCACACAUGUUUUGGGCAUGUUUUAGCGUGCAAACAAAUAUUUUGAGGCAAGGAACAGUAUACUUUCUUUUGUCGUCUA